UGCGCAUGCGUGGCUCCCGGAGCGCGCAGCACGGCGAUCGCCGGGGACAUGUACACUGAUCAUCAGAGCACUGAUGAUCAGUUUGCCCUGAUGAUCUGUGUAGCCCCAGCAGCGCCACCUGUCAGUGUCCAUCAUUGCCAGCUCUCAGUGCUCAUCCAUGCCACCUGCCAGUGCCCAUCAGUGCCACAUCAAUGUCACAUAUCAGUGCCCAUCUGAGCUGCCUUUCAGUGUUACCCAUCAGUGCCAUCUAUGAAUGCCAGUCAGUGCCACCAUCAUGCCGCCUAUCAGUGCCAGUCAGUGCCGCCUAUCAGUGCCACCUAUCAGUGCCAUAUAUGAGUGCUGCCUUUCAGUGCCCAUCAGUGAUGCCUGUCAAUGCCCAUCAGUGCCAUCUACCAGUGCCUCCUCAUCAG